UUAGUUUUUGGUAGUAUCUACGGCUUGUUAAUUGGAUGGACAUUCUGGAUGUUUUGAGUAAAGUAUACUUAGCCCAUUUAAAGUCAGAACCAUGCGAUUUGACCUCUCCAGAGGCAAAAUGUUGCCUGAAAGUAUUGAGUGAAAAUUCGCUUUUAUCGAAGGCAAUUACACUGUCGGAGGAAGGAGAAGUUACGGUGAGGCAACAUGCCCAAAAGUUGAUCAACAAGUGGGCUGACAGGCUGUUGGAAGUAGCCGAAAACAAGAGUGGAGGAGAGAGGAGCUGCGAUCGAACGGCGAGCUUGUUAUGGCUAAAAUUGGUUAUAUCCGCAUCAACGUAUCAAUUCGCGAGGCAGCACCAGCAAAUAUGGAGUGACAAAUUGAGCAAAAUAUUUAGUGAAAAACAAGAGGAAAUUUAUGUGCUGGGCGCAGCAUGCCUUUGUUGUACUGAGCUUGUCCUCAUUGGUGAAAGGUAUUCAUUUGAUCGUCAAAUCCUCACGAGGGACGUUUAUCCUCAUUCUGUGUUGAUAAACGUCCUCAAAAUUUUGGAAGCACGCCCGACGUCUCGCCUCGACAUGAAUAUUUUGGUAUCACUCUAUCGGCUACUGGCGUUGUUGCACAAGAGUACAAGACUUCCGUCUGAGCGCUUGUUUCGGUUGUUGCUGAUGUUGUCUAGGAAUGUAUUGUCGUUUACAGAUAAUUCGUUUCAACCGAAGCUUUUCUAUUCAGAAUUUGAGACGCAGGCAUAUUUAGAUAUAAUCGUAAAAUGCGUACCAUACAUAGUGGAUUCCGAGUUGAUGUGGGAAGGGAUCGUGCAGCAUUUGAUUGUAGGAAUUCACGAAGAACUCGAAAAAUUAUACAUUGGGUACCAGGAGGAGAAGGAGGCGUGGUAUUCACAGUUGAAAGACAUGUUGGAUGUUGAAAGAAUAUCCAUGGUGAAAGAUGUAUGGUAUGGAAGUGAAUCGAAUCAUCUAGGAGGUGACGAAGAGAGGAACGCAAUCAUGAACACAACAAAAAAUUCUGUAGACAAAAUAUCUUUGAUCGUGAGUAUGUUAGUGUCUGUGAUAACACACUCACAGCCCUUUGGGAUUCAUUUACCGUUUUCCAGUUUGUGGGUGUUGAUUCAACGUUUGUGUAUGCUAGACGGAUCGACUCUUUCUUUGUUUCUGGUGCAGGGUCUAAAUAGACUACAGCUAUUUGAGAGCGUAUCGAGGCUGCACUGCGAAGCGUACCGCUUGAUGAUGGGGAUAACUGAGGUAGCCAGAGAGGGCCUGUAUCCGUACAUAAAUGAGGUGAGUGAAUGGAUGAUUCGCGAGAUGGCUUUAUCCAGAAGGAGGAAUCCAGCGACGCCCUUGAUGAGCAGUCAAACCAAAAUAGUUCAGUACAAGGUUGUAAAGGCAGCUACUCUAUAUUUGACUUCUGGAGUAUGGCACUUGGCACAGGUAACGGCACAACAUAUCUUGCGCGACCUAUCAGUUAGGAGAAAAGAGGAGCAACCGCUUUCGAGUAAUUCGACAGAAGAAAAAUUAAGGGCCUGGAUGAGUGGAAGUGUACCGAAAAAUGAGAAAUUUGCGCUUUUGAGCGAAGACAGCCUUUCCACAGAAGAUGAGGCAGAGCUAAAAGAAUGUCAAGUAACGUCGGCCGAUGCAUCUGGUACUUCGUACCAACAUCAGUCGGAUUACGACUUAGAGUUGAUUUUGGUUUCUUUAGAAACGUUAGAGGUUAUUUUGAGUACACAGGGGACGCAGUUAGAUUCGAAAAUACGUGAAAAAAUCGAUACGACGCUACUAGGUCUGUUUUUUGGAUACUACUAUAGGGCGUCACUUAUUCAAUGGCCGAAAUCGUGUGACACAUUGAACGAUAGCGGAAGGGAGAGAUUUGCGUCACCAGCAAUUAGAAGGGGUUUAGGUGCUCAAUCGGCGAGACUAUAUUCUUACUUCAAAUUCAAAUCUUUUCGCUUGGCCAUGUAUAGAACGUUAUUGGCAUCUAUCAUGUCGGCCAAUAUAUUUCAGUCUUCAAUAGCCAAUUACGCUGUCGAAUAUUUUCAGGCAGGACUGAAGGAUCAAGAUUCUGAAGUCGUUCAGUAUAGUAUGUAUGCACUGUGUGUGUAUAGUCAUAUCGCUCACCCUCGAAUACCAAGAGUCCCCCCAUGCGCUGCGCAGUGUCAGCAGGUGAGUUCUAUGAGGAUACCUGCUGAUGUUUGGGAUAAUCAAACACAAGCGAAAUAUAGAAGCGUAGACUUGCGGUCUAAAACAGACAGAAAGGACCGCCCGGAUGAAAAAAUGGAAUGUGCAUUUCAGUCGGAUGAAGGAUAUCAGAGCAAUGAGUUGAAGCAAGACAGCGAACUGUUUGAAAGUGAGGUGACUGAAAUAGAUGAAAAAGAGGAGCUGAAUACUCAAAAACCGUUAGUCUUUGACUCCAAUCACCGUAGUUAUCAGGCAGGUGGUGCAAGGAACGAUACUACAGCAACCAAUCUGAACCUCAGUCAAGACCAUUCUGGAUUUGUCUUCCAAGACGCAUUUUGUUUGGAAAGCAGCACUGUUGGACCAUUCCAGAAAAUAGAAGAACGCCAAAUGGAAAACCAGUUAAAACCGGAAUAUCCAAGCAUUUUAGAAUGGGAACGCCGAAUUCCCAUCGAUACAGACUCAAAAGAGCAAAUCGCUCUUUUCGAUGAUGACCCCGACUCCGACGACAUUGAGCAAGAAUAAAAUAAUAACCAAAAAUAGGCUCAAUUCCGUUAA